CUUGUGCGUAAAUAUGUUUUGCACGUGUUGCAUUUGAAAAGAAAAGGGUCCGUAAACAAAAGUGUUUUUUCCGUGAACUAAAGCGGCCAAGUGCAAAUGAAGUGAAUGGUAAUUAAGAGAAAAGUACAUCAAAAUGGCAGCCUUAGCGGAAAAGACGAAAGACACCAAUACAUUUCGGUUCAAAUCUUUCGGGGAUCGGGUGAAUGAGAUUGACCUGCGGCACUUGGCGCUCUACCACAUAGGUCACCGCAACGAGGAGCUCGACGAGGAGGAGAACGCCACUUACUUCCAGCAGACGCUCCAGAAAUGGAACGUGCUCAAUCUCACCGAGGAGUACAACUACUUCAGCAAGCGAUGUCGCAAAAUAGUGACCCUGCCGCAGUUGCUGCACCAGAAGGACUUUGUGGUGGACCUGCUGCUAGAGCGCCUGGCUACUGCAACGAAUCUGUCCCAGCAGCCGCUGCUGGAUCUGCUCUACGUCCUGGCCAGGGAUCUCCGCGAGGAGUUCUACCCGUACUUUCAGCGCGUCCUGGACCGUCUGAUUUGCCUGCUCAACACCCAAGAUUCGGAGCAACUGGAGUGGACCCUCAUCUGUCUGGCGCACCUAUUCAAGACCCUCAAGCCGUAUUUGAAGCGCAACAUUGGUGUGGUCUUCAAUGCCAUUUUACCACUCCUAGAUGAACAGCACUAUGCCGAGCAUGUGACCAACUUCGCGGUGGAAUGCUUUGCAUACAUUGCCCGCGAUGUCCGUGACUUUCCACGUUUCCUGGCCUAUGUGCUGAAGACUGUUCUGCGCGAGCAGGUGGAGAGUGUUCAUGGAUGUGGACGACUCAUCUACGAAAUACUGCGUGGCGUCAACGGACAGCUGCACAACUCGGCGGCCGAGAUCUUUGCCCAUGUCCUGGAGGUGCUCGCCAACAAGGCUUCGGCUCACACAAAAACCCAGACAGAACUCCUGGGAGAUAUUGUGGAGUAUUCGUUGGGACUAUUGCUAAACUUCCUGCGCUCAGACCAAAGUAACGUCCUUUGGAUGUCACUCUGUUCGGCUGCCAGCAGUGAUGGUGCCGAUGUUCAAAGGCUGAUUGAUCUGAUGCUUCCCCUGGUCACCCACAAAGACGGACGCUAUGUCACCGAGCUCCCGUUAGUGGUUGCCACACUGCUGAAGUUGCUGGAUCAGAAAGUGGAUCCACUGCAGCCGUUGACAACCUUGGUCACCAGUCUGCUUAAGGCUCAGCACACUCAACUCACCCAAUUGGAUGCCAGUCGUUUGCUGCAAAAACUUCUAAGCAUAAGUCGAACACAAGAAUCCGUGUACGAGGACGCCAUCCUACAGCUCCUCGACUAUCCACAAUUUGAGAUUCUAGUUCUGCCCAAUGUCAUUGGAUACUAUGAAGAGCAGAGGCAGGAAAGAGCACUGGAGCUCCUUGCUCGGAUCGUUCAGCAUAAGCGGCCGCUCCAAGUGGAUGGCAACUCGCUCGCCCAAUGGGUAGCUUACCCAAUCCAGCUGAAGCAAAAGGAGACUAUCAAGAUCGUUGAGCAAGAGCUACUAAAGUUGGAUGUGAGCAAAGAGAAUCAUCUGCUACUCGUCAUUCUAGCACCUCACUUGAGGGGAUUCAGCAAGCAGCCUUUGGAACAAAAGCUGCAGUCAGUCCUUGAGAAGUUCGUAAAGAGUAACGAAAAGGAUUUUACCCUGCUUCUAUUGCUACUUCAAACCCAUGCUUUGCUCAAGUUUAAUUUACCCAAGCACCUGCGAUCUAAUCUUAAUAGUUAUCUUAUUCCUGAACUGGAGAAGGACCUUCGGGCUUUAGCUUGCUUGCAGCUAGUUCUUCUUGAAACCCCUAAAAAGGAGCUAUCCGCUAGCGAAGAAUUACUGUCUGGUAUUGCGAGUCUUUUGGGCAAUCCAGUUUCACAAUACAGGCGCAUAGCAGCCCACUGCUUGGAUGUGAUCAACUCCACGAGCAAACACAAUCCGUACUCCCACUUUUAUGCUGCAGCCUGCAUUGAACUCACUGUCCACAACUACCGCGAGCUGCUCCUCCAGCUGCAGCAAUUGGAACCGUCGUCUGCUCAGUUUAAGCAGUUCUCCCAGUUGCCACAUUUCAAGGAGCACGCUGUAAGCCUAUUGCUUGGCCUGCUGUAUAACAACUUCAAGUUUGUGUGGGCGCCAGUACAACAGUUGUUGGCUGCAUAUGCCAAAGCAAUGACAGCUGAUGAGUUCUGGAACCUCUUUAAAGACAAGUUGGUUGAAAAUGUCGCCUGCAUAGAUUACAAAAGGGAUGUAACAACACUGCAAGAGCCAUUUAAAAGAGACUACCAAUCGACGGCGCUGACCAUGCUUCUUCCCGUGGAGGGCGAGCAGCAACUGACUCUUCAGCAUGCGCUAAACUACCGCCAGCUCCUCUGGCAAAGCCUGCCCAAGUUGGGAACACUUGCCGAGGUGAAGAAUGCAGAUAUAGUGCGAUUGUUCUUGCAAUUUUUAGAACAGGAAUAUCGCGCCCAGUUGGAGAAAUCCGAACACACUUGGAAUGUGAACGAAGCGACAGCUGCUGAUGUUGAUGCCGAGGACGAUGAUGAAAAUGAAACAAGGCCCGAACCCCGUGGUCGGCAAAAAAGGAGAGCUCAAAAUUCACACACCAAGUUUAUUCUGCAAACGCUUCAGUUGAAACUCGCCUGCUUUGUGUCGCAGCCAAAUCCUAAGGCUCUGCAUCGGCAGGCAGAAAUGCACGACUUCUACCUGGAGCUUCUAGCCGGUCCCAAUUCCCAAUUGCAACAAUUGGCGCUCGACUGCCUAGCAGCCUACAAGCAGCCUUCAGCUCUGGUGCAGCAGAAGGCCCAACUUUCGGGUCUUAUUGAUGAAGAAAAAUUCAAGACUACCCUUAGUGGCUUUGAACUGGCUAACAUUUCGGCUCAGCAGAGAUCGGAACUGAUGCCCUUUAUGCUUCGUGUGCUUUACGGCAAAAUGCUGACCAAAGGUGUCCAAAAGCAAUUGUCUGCCCAGCUGCGAAAGACGCUGAUUCUGCGAUUCCUGGGCCAGCUGGAGGAGUCAGAGAUCAUGGACUUUCUGAAAAUGGCGUUCGGAAGGUUUACAGCCUACACCGACAAACCGGUAAACGAAGUGGCUAAAUAUGUUCGGGACUCCUAUGAUCCGACAGCGGUGAUUGCAGCCAAGCAGUUGCAGAGGAUAGUCAAUCUACUAGAGCUUAUUCGCAAGGAGUUUGCCGGCAAGCUGUCAACUGACUUCCAAUGCUACGUACUGAAAUUACUCCUUCUCGUGGGCAGCGUCGCCCAAGAAGUAAUCAACGGAGAAGGCAAACUUUUGGCUGCCUACAAAAAUGUGAAGCACUCUGGCCUGCAGACACUGGUAAACUACUUCGGACAGCUGGUUGACAUGGAAGAGCUGUGGCAGGAGCCGGAGAUGAAUGCAAUUUGUGAGGUCUAUCUUUGGCCAGGUAUUGCUCGCCUUUCGCAGGACUCUAUACACACGCCUACCCCCAUGCUCAAGUUACUUCUCCUAUGGGGCGGAGAGCCCCGCUACCAAAAAUGGCUAAACAAAAGUCCUUCAGCCGAUAAACUUCCUAUAAUGCACCAUCUGAUGGCUCUCUUACUAAACGACAAAGCCAAGACCAAUGUCAAGCGCUCGCUUCUACAGAUGGUGGAACAUCUCUUGGAAUCGGCCUCCACAGAGGAGUACGGUGCCGAGGUCUUGCCCAUUGUGCACCCACACAUUCCAGCCAUCCUUCAACAGCUCCAGAACAGUUGGCGCCACAAAAAGGCGAGCAGACAGACGCUUGAUAAGCGAGAACUUAACAUUUUAACACUUAUAACGUCGCACGUGGAGGAGUCAGAUACUUGCGAACUGCUACUGCAGGUACUUCUACCCAUAUUCACCAAACAGUCGGCUUCAGCUGGUCCGGAAACAGUGGUUCAGUUAGUCACCACGUUGGCCAAUCUUUUGAAACGUGUCCCAAGACCGCAGGACUAUGUUCGUCAGCUGGCUCCACUCUUUGAACAGGUAAGUGUGCUGCCCGCAAGGAAAUUACUUUGCGAACUCUUGUCGGACAUGGCGAAAAGACUGCACAAGGAGGCGAAACACAACGUCGAACUGUCCUCCACUGCUGCAUCCUUGCGGGAGUGGGUAAGGAUUGUGCUGCUCCUGAAUGCCUGGGACAAAAGGUGGCUAGAGCAGCCGGACUACGACAAACGUCUCGAGGGUCUUUCGGAGCUCAAGCAGUUGGUGGAGAAGAAGGAUAAAAAGAUAGACUUGCAACUCGGAGUCCUGGUGGUCUACAACUGCUUUUAUAUGCUGCGGCACGAUUCGGAUCUGGGCAUGAGAGUUAACAUAGGGGAACUGUUAAAGCCCAUGCUUCCCUUGGUAACUCUGCAACUAGAAGUAAAGGAGGAUGUGCAUUUCUGGCUCGAUGAUACUCUGCUGCCUCUAGUACAACGCUGUAUGAGGGAUGAGAAGCACGAGCAUGCCAGGAGUGAGGCCAUCGGCAUACUUGGCGAACUCGCUCGCCAAUGUCCGGCUUCACACGAGAUCUUGAAGGAUCUCUCGCCGCUAACCGAUAAACACGACCUGGAGGUGGACUUCUUUGAAAACAUGCUUCAUCUGCAGACCCAGCGACACGGUCGUGCCCUCCAGCGCCUGGUGAAUAUAUCGGGAGGCAGGUGGCGGCAGGCUCCGCCAUGCGCCCGUACACUCACACAGUUCCUUCUCCCGCUGGCUACCCGCUACCUGAUGAGCGAAAAGCAUUCGGGUAAACACACGCUAGUAGAUGCCGCCAUUGAGUCAGUUGGGGUGAUGAGUGAGUUCCUCCCGUGGACGCAAUACCAAGCAGUUCUGCGAUACUACCUUCAAAAAUUGAGACACGCCCAGGGGCAGCAGAAGCAGUGUGUCCGGCUUGUGGUUCGCAUCCUCGACGGCUUCCAUUUUGACUUGACCCAGGCACAAACGGAUCUAGCUUCCCUUGCCAAGCUCAAGGAAAAGCUGUCCGAGGAAGUGGAUUCUAAAGAACCUGCUGAAGAGACGCAAGAAAACAAGACGGAAGAGGAUGCCGAUGACGAUGCCGAAGAAAAGCCCUUGAAAAAAGAGGAGGACCAGUCUGACUUUAUAGAAUUCGAUGAGGAAGAGGCGACCGAACCUGCGAUAGAACAACAGCGAAUACAACUGCUUGCUCCCAACGCUGCGAAAAAGGUCAUGGCCGCUAUUACUACAGUUUUGCUGCCGACCCUUAAUCGGUCCAUCACCGAAAAAACCAACUAUGACACCAAGCACAAGGUGAAUCGCCGACGCCUGAGCUACGAACGAGAGGAAGAGGAGAUCCAGCGAGUGCCUAUUGCCUUGGCUAUGGUAAAACUUUUGCAGAAGCUUCCUUUGGAGCUAUUGGACAACAGCCUGCCAGGAAUCUUCAUGAAGGUCUGCACCUUCCUGCGAUCCCCUCUAAAAUCCGUUCGAAUGCUCACCAGAGACAUUCUCAAGAAGAUUAUGAUCACCCUGGGUGGCAGUUAUUUGGGUAUGCUGUUGGAGCAGUUGCAAUCGCUACUCACACGUGGAUUCCAAGUGCACGUUCUCUCUGUGACCCUCCAUGGCGUUUUGGAUGCUCUGAAGGGUGACCUAAAACCAGACCAUAUUGAAAAGUGCCUGCAAAAUCUGCUGGAAGUGGCUCUCAACGAUAUAUUCGGCGAUGUGAGCGCCGAAAAGGAGGUGGAGAAAAUCGUGGCUCACACGCCGGAAGCCAAGCCGAGUGCAAAGAGCUACCUCACACUCCACAUAGCCGCUCGUCAUAUUCGAGACAACUGUUUGCUCGACCUGCUUUUGCCGUUCAAGGAGCAUUUAGCAAGAUCGCACUCCCGUAAAGUCACUCAAAAGAUUCAGGAGUGUUUUGCUAAAAUAGUGGGUGGCUUGGUCGAGAACACCCACAUCGCAAGGGAGAGCCUGCUGAUUUUCAUAUACGGUACGAUGUCGGAGAGCAUCAGCGACCUAUUGCCAGGAACACAGAAACGGCAGCUCACAGACAAAGAGCAGGCUCUGAUGAGGAGAACUCGUCCUAAUUGCCUGAUCCUUCAACCGGCGCCAGGGAGGCGUAGUGUGGCUAUUGGCAACAAGCAAGUGAAGUCAAAUACACAAGCCAAUGCCCAUAUUCUAGUCGAAUUUGGGUUGGAGCUCCUCCACUUCGUGCUGAAACGGAAGAAGCUAACGGAUCUAGAUUACCAACCCUUCCUUCAUCCCCUGUUGCCACUUCUAAAAGAUUCUUUGAGCAGUAAUCACGCUAGGACCACAACAUAUGCGCUUAAGUGCUACACGGCCAUUUGGUUGGGAGAGUACGAGCUCUCCGAACUGAGUACUGAGGCACUUCAACCGGUGGUUGGUCGUAUGUUUGAGAUCCUUAAGAAUUUCUCAACGUUCGGAGCCACUCGGCAGGAGGAGAACGCUCAGCUGGUCAGAGCCAGCUUUAAAGCAGUGGUGGCCCUGCUGCGCAAAUGCCAGGAUUACAAACUCAACGAGGAGCAGAUCGAGCAACUUUUGCUUCACAUCGAACAGGAGCUGCAGGAGGGUGAAUGUAGCAGCCAGACCAUGGUAUUUACCUUGCUGAAAGCUCUUGUCGGUCGAAAGGUGGACAGUCGCUCCCUGCACGAUCUGAUGAAGCGUCUGGGAGACCUUUCCAUCAUCUCUCCCUCGGAUUACGUGCGAGAUGAGUGCCGUGGCAUACUGCUCAUCUAUAUAAUGGAAUAUACGCUGGGCCAUAAGGUUGAGCAGUUUGUCAAGUUCAUGUCGGUGCAAUUGUGCUACAGCCAGACCGCUGGUCGGCAGUCGGCCAUCCAGUUCAUGCACUCUAUCAUCAACAAGUUCCCGCAGCUCAUGCUGGUCAAACAGUCCGAGUUUCUAUAUCUUUCCCUGGGAACCCGACUGGUCAACGAUGAAGACCCAUCGUGUCGACGCAGUGUGGCCGGUGCUCUGGAAGCUCUGAUCGGACGUCUCACCAAACUGGAGAGGCAACCCCUGCUGGAUCUGACGCUGCUGUUCUUCACUUCACCACAGUCCAGUCAGAAGCCAGGAGUUCGGGAAAUGGCCGCUGCUCUUCUCUCGAGAUUUGUUCAGGCGGAGAAAGCCGGCUUUGCAGAAAGAUUGCCCCUGGUACUGCCCAUUUUAGUAAAUGUUAUGACUUUGGGUGAUGCUGAGUCGGCAGGAAGAUUUGUGCGGGCUCCAGGACACCUGGCAGCAGAGGUGAAUGAAAAUGGUCUACAUAACAAGAAAAAGCGAAAGAAACUAGAAACUGUGCCUGAUGAAGAACUACUACUGGGUGACAACGACAACGAAUCCCGGCUAGAGCAACAGCAGCGCAAAGCUGACCACCAGCUUAUCCAAUUACAAUACUGUCUGCUUAAGAUUUUUGAGCAUUGCGGUGAGGGUUUACUCAGCAAUCCGGAACUCUCUGAUAGUAUUGAUGAGCUGGCCUACGGCUCUCAGAGACUUUUGGGACACGACCACAACUGGGUUCGCUGCAAUGCAGCCAAACUACUGACCCACAUCCUGGCUCACUACGAUUACACGGUUGUUGGCCAACAGCUGUCCGGAAUUAAGAAGGAAGAAGGCACUGAACAGACGCUGUACUUUAUUUAUGGACAGCCCGCAGAGGAUAUAAAAUCUCUGGUCUUAGAUCUGUGUGCUCAGGUCGUGCCGGGCGAUACGGCGCAGGAGAUGAUCGAUGAGCUGUCGAAGAUUCUCUUGUACAUUGGACACAUGCUGAGGGAUGUUCCAUUUAGUCUGAAGCAGGAAAAGGAUGCUGAUGAUGAUGAGGAGCGAGAGCCGGUCAACAAAAUAAACCUCAACUGGCUAAUGCGAAACAUACGCUUCCUGAUCAACAAAGAAGUGGCCAAGGCGCCUCACGACACCAGCAUAAGAACUGCCAUGUUCACGCUAAUAGAGGCCUUGUCCACGCUGCUCAGUGUGGAGUCCGUAACCAGAUUGGCGCCCUCUCUGCUCCAGGCCCUGGUUCGUGAAAUGUCCGAAGAGGAUCAGAACGUGGAUGCAGAUCUCCGCCAGCAAGCCCUCCGGGUGGGCAGUCGUCUGAGAAAGCGCAUAGGAGCCGAUGUCUACGACAAACUCAGGAAUGCGGUGCAAACCAAGCUGAUGGCUCGACGCGCCGAGCGACGCAAGGUUGUGGCCCAGGAGAAGAUUCACGAUCCAGAACGGGCGGCCAAGCGAAAGGCUGGCGUGCAGGAGCGCAAGAAGGCAGCGAAGCGCCUAAAGGCGGCUGUCGUCCGUGGCAAAGCUCCGGACAUCAAGCAAAAACUCAAAAAGCGGAAGCGAAAAGCAGAAGUGGAAGGAUUUUAGUUAGUCAGUUGAAUUCUAAGUUAAGUUGUUUCUAAGUAGUUCCGGAAAGUUACCGCAAUUUGUAACCUAAGCAAAAUAUGAAAUAAUAAAUAUAGUUUUUAUAACCAAAAAAAA